GCGCAUUCCGACGACGACGACACACACAGACACUCCGUUCGGUCAGCUGAUAUGAAUGCAGCUGAGUUCCACAUUGUCAUGUUCAAGUGUUCCUCCCAGUGACUUCGUUGAGGUAAUCUGUGCUCCGGAUAAGAACCCUAGCGACAGCUAUGAGGAGGUUGGACGCGCUGUAGACGGACACCAUAAAACCGUGAGGAAACUAUUCGGUAGCGCCCUCGGAAGCGGAGCGGGCGGAAUCUCUGGCCGAAGGGGCCGUCUGACGACUUCGCGAUGGCGGAGGCUCAUUCGGCGGUUGCGUUCAGCUUCUCGAUCACGCACAGGGGCGUAAAUUUGAACUACAACCGAGAGUUGCUAGAGAUCGUCUGGCGGUCAGGACUGCGUUCGUGGAAGAAGCGGAUUCUGAGGUUCAACAACAAUGUUCGCAACGGUUUCUACCCUCAAACAGCUUCCUCGCUCUGGGUCAUACUCGCGCUUCUCACAGGAAUCCAAACCGCGAGUCACGUUGACCCCUCAUUCGGUGCGAUACCAGUAAUUGCACAUUUCGUCGGGGUUCCUUCGCGAAGUGGCACGUUCAGGAGAUCUGUCGCAACUCUGAUUUACGGAGGAUGCGUUUGGAUUGUUUGCAGUGGACUUCGGAAAUAUGCUCUGAAGAUUUUAUUCCAGUACAAAGGAUGGAUGGACGAGAAAAGAGGUGAGAGAGUUUCUCUUAUCACACAGUUGUGGUCGGCCGGCGUCAAGCUUUUGUCGGGCUCUUCGCCUCGCUUGUUCUCGUAUCAAGGAUGUCUCCCCAAGCUGCCGGUGCCCCGAGUAGAGCACACAAUGGAGAGAUAUCUCGCGUCUGUCGAGCCCCUGGUAUCACAGCAAGAGUAUGACCGACUCGAGAAGCUCGCCGAAGAAUUUAAAAAUACCAUCGCUCCGAAAUUACAACGCUAUCUGUACCUGAAGUCUUGGUGGGCGUCAAACUACGUCUCUGAUUGGUGGGAAGAAUUCGUAUACUUGAAGGGAAGGGGUCCGUUAAUGACGUAUUCGAACUUCUAUUGUUUGGACCCCCUCCUGGCCUCAGUCACAACGAAUCAAGCUGCUCGAGCCGGGAACCUAACUCAUGCAGCCCUCAUAUUCCGGCGGGCGAUUGACGUGCAGUUGCUUCAGCCAAUCAUGCUAGCGGGCAUCGUGCCAUUGUGCAGUCAUCAGUAUGAAAGGAUGUUCAACACGACGAGGGUCCCAGGUUUUGAAACGGACAAAUUGGAGCAUCUCGUGGACUCAGAGCACAUUUGUGUGAUGCAUAGAGGGCGGUUUUUCAAAGUAUUAACUCACCAUCACGCCAGACUCCUAACGCCAGGCGAACUGCAGGUUCAGUUUGAGAGAAUACUUCAAGACACGGGUGAAACCGAGGGAGAGCAAUGUCUAGGAGCCCUCACGGCGGGUGAUCGUAGGACGUGGGCAGAAGUUCGGGCCAACUGUUUCCGUCUGGGACUGAACAGGCUCUCGCUGGAUCUGAUCGAGACUGCCGCGUUCAUAGUUGUUCUAGAUGACGAAUCAUACGGCUUCGACCCCAACGAUCCGUCAAAGCUGAAUACCUAUGCGAAGAGUUUGCUCCACGGGAAAGGAUAUGAUCGAUGGUUCGACAAGUCCUUCAAUAUCAUUAUCGGAGCUAACGGUAAAGCCGGUUUCAAUGCCGAACAUUCAUGGGCAGACGCGCCCGUCAUGGGUCACCUGUGGGAAACGGUGUCUCAUCACGAUCGAUGCGUUCUCCGUUAUGAUGAAAACGGUAACGCUUUCGACUAUCUGCAAACAGCGAAGACUCCGGGUAUACCUCCGCCGUACCGAAUAAGAUUCAACAUAUCCAGCGCCUGCAGUAACCAGAUAAAACUAAGCGUAACAAAGGCCACUUCAUUGUUGGAGGAUUUAGAUCUGCAUCUUACGAGGUUCCAAGUAUACGGUAAAGCCUUCAUCAAACGACAGAACCUCUCGCCUGAUGCGUACUUGCAAAUGGCCAUACAACUUGCGUACUUCCGCGAUAUGGGCAAGUUCAGUCUGACCUACGAGGCUGCGAUGACUCGACUCUUCCGAGAAGGCAGAACUGAGACGGUGCGACCGGUAAAUCGCUGGUCUUGUGAGUUCGUCCGCUCCAUGGAAGAUCCCGAUCUCUGCAAUGAUGAGAAACGAGAGAAGCUGCGAACCGCAUGCGACGAACACGUCAAAGCGAUUCAACGAGCGAUGAAAGGCGAGGGAAUUGACCGACAUCUCUUCUGUCUCUACUUGACAUCGAAGUACCUCGAAUUGGAGUCCCCAUUCCUGAGAGAAGUCCUGGCGGAACCUUGGCGGCUGUCGACCUCACAAACUUCUUGUAAUCAGUCAGGAUAUUGGGACUUCGACUUGCAACCUGAAUUCAUCUCCGCCGGAGGUGGAUUCGGACCUGUAGCUACAGAUGGUUAUGGUGUUAGUUACAUGCUUGUGGGUGGGAGUGAUUUCUUCUUCCAUGUUAGCAGCCGGCGUUGUUCUCCGUACACGAACUCCCUUCGAAUGGCCGAACGCAUCCGGAAGGCUCUGCUAGACAUACAGGAUGUGUUCAACUGA